AGAGGGAAAAGAGAGUGGUUGUUCGUAUGUGUGUCUGCGAGCAAAGCGUGGUUCAGAGGAAAGCACGGUGGGGGUGGGGUGAAGAAGGCGAAAAGCUAAAACGAAAGAUCGGAGAAAGAGAAACCCUAAUUUCUCUCCUUCGAAUCCACUCUAAAUCUCUGCAGUCAUCCCCUUACCCGACUCGCCCAACCUUCGAAUUGUGAGAAAGCUGGCCCUUGUGCUUCCGCCACGAAUCCGCCGCCGGAUUCCGGCUUUGGUGGCCCAAUGCCGUUCUUUCCUGCCAAUAAUUUGUUCCUUGUGGAGGAUAAGGGUCUUGAAGAGGCUGGUUUGGCCGCUUAGGUUGGCAGUUGGUGCAGAUGCUCUAAGCGGAGGGCUCGGAGAGAAGCAGAUCGGAGGUUUCGGGAGGCAAAGAAUGAAAACGGGGGAUUCUACUUGUCGGCAUCUUGUAGCUUGAAUGCGGGAGGUAGUCACAUUAACAUUGAUCCAAUCUGGAUGAAGGUCCUAAGCAACUGGUUUUAUUGCGCACCUAUUGAACAUUAAUAUGUGAGGAUCUAGAAGCAAUUUUGUCUGCAAGAAGAACUAGAAGAUUAUAAGAUGCCUUCUUCACCUUUGACCAGGCGCUCCCUAGUGACAGAGCUUAAAGCAGAAAGUGCCCAUAAACGGGGCCACAGUUUUGAGAGAAAAUAUUCUCUCAAGGCCAAGGAUGAUGAUCUAUUCCUUUUUAACGAGUUGCAGAACCGUGAAAGAGACAACUUCUUGCUGCACUCCUGUGACGACUUUGAUGAAUCUAUAUCAAAAUUGAGAUAUGUUUCGGAUUUUAAUCUUGGGAUCACCAUACCAGUUCGAACAGAGAGAAAUGGCCUACUUGAUGCAGAUGGUGAGAAGAAUGAUUAUGACUGGUUGUUAACUCCUCCUGAUACUCCUCUAUUUCCUUCGCUGGAUGAUGAUGUGUCACAAUCUCCAAAUUCUUCUAGAGGCAGGACAAGAAGUCAACCUAUUCCAAUCUCGAAUAUAUCAAUGUCUGCAAGGCCUAAAAGAAGCAGUGAGAGUCCACAUAGAUUAAGUUCAUCUCCUAGCUCUAACUAUAGCGUCUCCCGUCCAAGAAGUAGGCCAUCCUCAGUUCCUCACUCAAGCCCACCUCCAAUUCUUCGAUCUGCAACACACUUGCGGAGGCCUUCCACACCUCCAACCAAAUCAUUGCCAUCAGCUCAAAUGUCUUUGACUCCACCAUCACGGAGGAUAAGCACUGGUUCCAGUAUGCAGAAAGUCACUGGUAAAGCGGGCAUGUCACCUGUAAAGGCAAAUCGUGGGAAUUCUGCCUCACCAAAACUGCGAGGAUGGCCAUCAAAUCUUCCUGGUUUCUCCACUGAUGUGCCACCUAACCUUCGAACUUCCCUAACAGACCAGUCAGCAACACGUGUCCGUGGUUCAUCACCGAUAUCUGGUAAUGGAAGGGGGUCUAUGUCGAAAUAUGGAAGGCAGUCAAUGUCACCAUCUUCUUCUAGAAGUACAAUAUCACCACGUAACAGUGAAGGUGACAAAUUUAGCUAUAUUAGCAAGCCAUCUGCAUCAUCUUCCCAGGAAGAUGAUGCUCAAUCACAUGCUUCUGCAGGAGUUUUGGUUAAUACAGCUACAAGGAAAUAUCAAAAUUUUGCACACAACAGAGCUCUGGGAUUUUCCAAGAAACCUUCAGGAUCUCUCUCUGCAAGUUUUGCUCCAAAAAGAUCCUUUGAUUUUGCUUGUAGGCAAAUGGAUCACAAUAGAACUCCUCAAAAUAUGUUCAGGCCGUUGUUAUCUAGUGUUCCUGCCACCACAUUUUACUCUGCGAAAACAAGCAGUGUGCAUGGGUCUAUGCUUUCUAGGAAUUCUUCACUCACAACCAGCAGUAAUGCAACUUCUGAGCAUGGGGCACAUUUUCCUCUUGAUUUAGAGGAUGCUGACCAUGAUCAAAGUGAUCUGGCUGGCAAAUGGGAUAGGAGAAAGAUUACUGGAUUCCAAGAGGAAGUAUUUAUCUUAGAUAAAUUAGAUGAGGUAAAUGAAGAUACUUGUCACAACACUUACUCUGGAAAAUGCCAAAGUAGUAUUGGGAUUUUUGACGAGAGUAUGCCCAGCAAAGUGGACUCAAAGUUGAACAAAUCAAUGGCUGAUGAUGGUGUUGCCGGAAAUACUGUUGCUUGUCAAGAUGCAUCAUUUGCUUAUGAGAUUUUAGAUAUUUAUGCUGGUAAAAAAGUGAGCAUUUGCUUGAAAUGUGGAAAAUAUUUUGAUUUGAUGGAUAUGGAUGUUUGUCAAGAAUGUUUAGCAUCAUGUUGUUUGGUAAAUUCCAAAGAAUCUGAGACUAAUGCUACUUCCCAGGAGAUCAAUUCUAUUGAAAGAUUAUGCAUUUGCUUGAAAUGUGGAAAAAGCUUCAUGGUCAUGGAUAUGGUUGUGGAUGUGUGUCAAGAAUGCUAUGCAAUACACGGGGCGAUAGCUUCUGAAGCUUCUGGGACCAGGCAAGUUGCAUCCCGGGAUGAUCCUAAUGGCGCACUGUGUCAUCAGGUUCAAAGGGAAAUGGGUAUGCCUGUGCUGCAUCACAGUAGACCUCAUUCUACUCUUGAAGAGCAUGGACAAAUUAGGGAAAUACCAGCAACUGAUUUCUCCAUGGAUAGUGGAAUAAACCUGAUGAUUCACAAAGAGAAUCUUACUAAACAGGAAGUAUUAAUCCCAAAUGAAUCUAAUGAUCUAGACUCCUAUUGUAAAAAUGAAUCAUCACUGUCACUACAAACUCCUUGUCCAAAUGACAGGGUUGAUAACUCUGAGGGCAUGGGCAUUGCAAUACUUCUAACAGACAGGUCCAGCAGCAGAAAACAGCAUCUUGUGCUAGGAAACAACAUUUCUCUCACAAAUAUUCUGUGCACAGAGCCGUCUUAUGGAGUUGAUGUGAACAUCAUGAAGCACAACGUUGGGAAUGAUAAUUCUUUUGCUUCUUCCUCUGUUGAACUGGGAUCAUCUGGACAAAAGGACGCGCUCAUUUUGCAUCAGUUAAGUAAUAGAAAGGAUGAGAUGGACAAUGUGAGGUGUGGCAGUCACAUUACUGCACAUUCAGAUUUGGAAAAUUUUCCUGGCACAUAUAGACCACUUUAUACUGAAAUUGAAACUGAACAAGUUUCUUCUUGCAUUAAUCCAGGUCUUGAAAAUGAUGUGGAAAAUAAAAGAUUGAAUGCUGAAAUGUCUGAAAAUUCUUCUGGAUACUCGUGUUUGAGUGGUUUAAAAUAUGCAUAUGCAGAGCAAGCUGCCGUAUGCACAGAUGAAUCUUGCUCUGCUAGUUCAACUUUGGCAUCUGGUGGCAUGUUACUGCAGUUGGGUGAAGAAGAUACUCUCAAAAUGCAUGAUACUUCUAUUUCAGGUAAUCCAGGUAGAAGCUGUAUCUCUUGUCAAAACAUGGAUGAAGUUUGUUUUCAUUACAGUGAAGGGGGCAAUGAGAAAAUUGAGAAACCUACUUCUAACCAAGGUGCACCUUUAAUUGAAGACAACUAUAUGGUAACUGAUGUUGAAACAAGUAGCUUGCCUAUUGUAACCUUACGUCAGCAAAAUGAAAUAGUCAGUUAUCAGGAUGCACAAAUCGAGUGUACAACUGCUGAAAUGAUUCUAUGCCGGGAGGCUUUCUUAGAAGAUUCCAUUUCCAAAUCUCUGGUCAAGGAUGUGUUGCCUUCUGAAUUGGAAUCUAAAUUUUCCCAGGAUUUUUCCUAUGAAGAACCAAUUACCAUUGAAUCUCCUAGGAAACAAGUGCAAAGAUGUUUUACUCUGGAAGAAGCAACAGAUACCAUUCUCUUUUGCAGUGCUAUUGUUCAUGAUAUUGCCAACAAAGCUGCAACAAUUGCGGUGGAUAAGGAUUUGGCUCUUUAUGACUCUUCACAUCGACUAAUUACAUUUCUGGGAAAUACUGUUUCCAAUCAUAAGGAUUUUCGCAAAGCAUCCAGUGGACGGACUCAGAGUCCACGUAGAGUUAAAAGGAAAAAGCAAGAAACUGCUGACAAGAUGCCAUCUGUUGAGCCAACAAACAAUGUCAUAAACUCAGAGAUCACAUCUUGCGACAAUCAAGUUACACACAGUAUAGAUAGCGCGAAGCCCCCAAAGCCUGAGUCCAAGUGUAACUGCACAGUGAUGUAGGCAGUUCCUUGAGCAACUUUCAUGGCAUAUGCAAUCGUCGUGUCAUUCUCUUUUGUAUAGCACCAGUAGUGAGUUCAAUUCUUUUGUAUAGCACUAGUAUGUGCAAUCUUGUAAAGAUAAUGUCGUCGGCAGCAGUUCUUGAGAGGAAUGUAAAGGUUGUGAUAGUUGUUGAUUUUGCUUUCUAGUCUGGUUAGAUGUGGGUGUUGUUUCCACUGUGUUCUUGAGGGACGUAUGUGUGUGGGUUUCCCUCCAUAUAUUUUGGUAAAUUUAUGUCGUUGGUUAGCUUCUAUGGCUUUAAUCCAUCAAGAGAGCUGUAAUGGUUAUUAAAUA